AUGUGGCGCCGAUUUGGUCUGCUCGCCUUCUUCCUCGGUGCGUCUCAGUGCGUCCUCACAACUGCCGACAACAACAGCAACAAUGGCUGGCACAUGUCGCCCGUCAAGGUCAUCCAAGCACGAGUGCAGGGCGACGCCCCCGUCUGGAACGAGGAGGCCAAGCUCUGGCUGUCCAAGUACGGCGAUACCAAGGAACAGCAGUACGUGAACAACCUGGACACGGUCAACAUGGCGUCCGUGGAGGGCGCGCUCAUGUACGUGCAGGCCGAGGGCAUCAACGUGAACGAGCAGUCGGUCAAGUGCCACCGCAAGAACGACAUGCAGUACGUCGUGUUCUACGAGAUGAUCAUCGUGCAGCCGACGUAUGGCAUUAAGCACUACGAGAGCCACACGCCUCAAGAGUACGGCGACUUCGUGGCCAUGGACGGUGCCAAGUGCACGAACGCCGGAGAGGACCUGCCCCAGAGCUGCAAGUCGUAUAACGGUCUGGACGGCGAGAAGCGCAUUGGCCCCGUGGUGGGCUGCAACCCGCAGGGAUCGGACCCGCGCGCGCCAUACCCCGGCAACUUUUGGUUCUCGUACCCGAACUCGUGCGUGCAAAAGUACCGAGCGGAGAAGACCGACCAGUGCCGUGCGGAGUUCCCGGGAGGCCUCUGCCCCAUGGGAACGCAGCCUGACGGCGACAAGUGCACCUUCAGCUACAAGAUCCUGGGCUUCCUGAACAUCGACGACCUCGUGGGCAUCACCAAGAUGGGCUUCAGCACAUACCAGCAGUUCUGCGAGAGUAGCGGCGUGGAGUUCAAGGCCACGAACACUGGGCACGGAUUCGAGGUGGAGCAGUGCAUCGACUUUUGGAAGAACCCUGGCGACCAGAACGCCAACGCGAACCGUGCUGCUCAAAUGGUGGCCACGUACAACCAGUUGGCCGGCAACGGCACUAGCGCGAACAUGGAGCCGCUCCCGACGGUUGAAGCGCUAGCGGCCGCCAACCCCAAGUGCUACCAGAACAGCGCCUCAUGCGCCCGCGCUCAGUUUGGCUGCAACCGCGCGAUGUACUCGCAGAUCUGCUCCGAGUGCUCGUCCGCCGCGGAUGGCUGCGUGGCUGCGCCUGCGGGCUACUCCUUUCCGGAACUGUCGGCCCCCUAA